AUGGGAACAUGUCAAUAUAAUAAUUGCAAGUCAUACAUAGACAUUAGUACUCUCAAUACAACAGUCAACAUUAUUGAUCAAUUAAAUAAUGAUUUCAUGGUUGUACAUGAAGAUUAUGAACAUCCUCUAUAUGGAUAAGUCAAUAUACUAGAAUAUAAGGAGCCUAAAUAAUAUGAUUUUAAAUUAGUACAUAAACUUAUAACCUUUACAGAAUAAGAAGACUUUCAAUAUGCACUAUAGUAUUAUUAAGCUAAAUUUUAUGGUUUCAAUCAUCCAAAUCUUCUCAUUAUACAUGGUAUCAACUUUUACCAUUAAUUUAAGCAAUGCAAUAUAAGUAAAUCGAUUAGUUUUUCACUACCGAAUACAAAUUAUCACUAUUCUUAGAUUAUUAUGAAACUACCCUAGCAUAAGAAUUGAUCUACAGAAAAAAAAUCUACUUUGAAGAAACAGAAAUCUUAUUCUUUUUAGACUCUCUCAUUGGAAGUCAAGCAUUUCUAUAAUCUAAAGGUUAUGCUUUGCCUUCUUUGAAAUUUGAUAAAGUCUAUCUCUCCAACCUCUUAAAUGGAGCAAUUGGACUUAAAGUUUAAAGUCCACUCUUCCAUAAUUAAUAAGAUGUUGAAUUCAAUGAAUUAUUCCACAAAAUUAUAAAUGGAGAAGAAGUUCGAUUACAUGAAUACCCAUAUAUAACACCUGAAUAAUGGUUGAUGAUAUAAAAUAAACAAUUAGAACCCUAUAAUGAAUUCAAAAGCAAUGUGUUUAUUUUAGGUUUAGUAAUACAACAAAUUUUAUUUUUAGAUGACAUUAGAACUUUGUUCAGCUAAAUAAAGCAUUUCACUUUAUUAAGAUUAUAUGAUAGAUCCAAAUACAUUAAUUGAAUAGAUAAAUAAAGUAAAUGAUAGAUAUGGGGAAGCCUUGCCCUUAAUCUUAGAAGCAAUGUUACAUUAUGAUCCAAAAGAUAGACGUGACUUUUUAUAAUUAAAUGAAUUAUUAGAUUCAUCAUAAUUAAAAGGGAAAAGAUUAGCUUAAAUUUGGACAUCUGAUGAUUAUUAAUAUAGUUUAACUGAAAAAAAGGUACAUUUAAAUAUAUUAUUUUGAAAAAGGUACACUUUUCAACUAAAUAACAUUCAUUAGUACAUCCAGAAGUUUAAUCUUAAUUAUCAAAUUAAUCUCUAUUGUAAAAAGGAUCACAUUUAUCUAUUCGUUAAGUUAUAUCAAAAAAUUCAAAAGAAUCAAAGGCAUCUAGUGUAUUUAUGAUAAAUUCUAUUAUUAUUAGUCAUUUAUUUAAAAAAAGGAAUCUUAUUCACCUUAAAUUUAAAAAAAGAAUUUAUUUAAGAAAUUUGAGACUGAAUAAGCAUCAAAAGGAGGGAGUAAAAAAUUAAUCACUUAAGAUGGUUUUGGAGUAGAAACAACUCCUAAUGGACUUACUUAUGAGGGUUUUUUUAAUGCUGGAAAGAAAUAAGGAAUGGGUAAAUUAAUAAAUGAUGAGAAUGAAAUAAUAUAUGAAGGAUAUUUCCAUGAGAAUUAGUAAAUUUAAUAUAAAUUAUCAGAAAAGAUUUCAUCGUACUGGAAUAUUAAAAAACUAAAAUGCAUAAAGUUGUUAGGAGGCUUUUAAUUAUAAGGAUUUCAAUUAAUUAGGAGAGAAAUGGGCACGAUAUGAUGGUGAUUUUAAUUUUGGUUAAUAAGAUGGAUAUGGAUAAUUGGUAUUAACAAAUGCAGAAAGAUAUACAGGUUUAUUUAAGAAUGGAAAAGUACAUGGUGCAGGAGUAUUUUAAACAUUAGAUGGUAAAUAAAUAAAAGGAGUUUGGAUUAAUAACAUUUUAUAAGAAUAAUGA